AUGUUCUGGCUGGGCUUAUUACUGUUGCUCACGCAAAAUGUCGUCGCUUGGCAUUCCGACGAUGAUCUGAUGUCCUUUGUUACGCUCCCGGAUGUCAGAGCUGUCAAGUUCAAUGUCGACUAUGAACACCGCGAUCGUGUUAGCCCGGGAUACUGGUUUGUCUCGCCCUAUUUGCACAUCGCCCCCGAUCAGCCCAGCAGUCUCUACGAACAAUACCAAACCGGGCCCCAUAUCUACGACCAGGAUGGUCGCCUUGUCUGGUCCGGAGCACCCAUGUUUGACAACCGCAAUGUCUUUGAUUUCAAAACAGUCACCCUCAAUAACGAAACAUACAUCUCUUGUAUCUUGCAAUACAGUUAUGAUGGGCGUGAACGAGGAUUUGGUAUGAUCCUGGAUCAAAAUUACGAGAUUUACCGGAAAAUUCCAUUGAGGAGGGAUUUCGGAUCAUUCGACAUCCACGAGUUCAGAGUUCUCGAUAAUGGCGAAUCAGCUUUGGUCACGGUUUAUCUCUCGGAGGAAAUCACCCUGGAAGCCUAUGGCCGCCCCGAGGAAAAGACCUGGCUGGAAUACGGUGGUUUCGCAGAGCUUGAUAUUGAUACUGCCGAUGUUCUCUAUCACUGGAAUACGUUUGCAGAGGUCUCGCUGGCGGAAACCGUCCAUUACGAUCCAGGUUCUCGCGUUGAAGGGCUCCCUGGCUGGGAUUAUGUGCAUAUUAACUCUGUGGAUAAGAACGAUAACGGCGACUACUUGAUCUCGUUGCGCUUCACCAACACCAUUUACCUUAUUUCCGGUCAGAGUGGAACCAUUAUGUGGCGUUUAAGAGGACAGGGAGAGAGUGAUUUCGAUCAAGAUUUCGUCUUUUCUAAACAACACGAUGCCAAAUUCCUUGAAUCAUCGGGAACACGACACGUCAUAUCGUUCUUGAACAAUGCGUCGGAUGAGGAUCGCUCCGAUGAAGAAAUCUCGUCGGCCUUGGUUGUCGAACUGGAAACUGGCACAACCCCCAUGACCGCCCGCGUUCUCAAUCGAUACAAUCGACCUGACAGGAGCCUCACCCGCCUCCGAGGCAAUGACCAGCAAUUGGCCAAUAAGAACAUGUUUGUCUGCUGGAGUCAAGGCGGCUACAUUUCUGAGUUCUCACCCGAGGGAGAAGUUUUAAUGACCGCCAGGUUCACAUCAGACCGGUUCUCUAGCUAUCGCGCCUACAAGUCCGAGUUCACAGGCCGUCCAAACACCCCUCCGGAUCUUGUUGCUUCCGUAUAUGGUAGCGAUGAGACGAACCUCGUCACCACGAUGCACGUCAGUUGGAACGGCGCCACCGACGUGGCCAUGUGGAAAUUCUACGCCCAGGCCUCCGAAUUCGAGAGUCCGGUAUUCAUCGGUAACGUCUCCAGAUAUGACUUUGAAUCCAUGUUCAUCGCCAGCGGGUACAUGGAUUGGGUGUCUGCUGAAGCAAUUCAUUACGACGGUCACGUCAUGGGCACUUCAAAGGUGCACCGAACACAAGUUCCGGAUUGGAAGACUGCUGGAUAUUCGGCCUACGCUGGACGUCCGAGACCGCAGGAUCCCUCCAAGCUCGCACCCGCUCAGGGUGGUAUUUCGAGCAACAAGGUAAGUGACCCGAGCCGUCUUGAGUCACAGGGUGACACGGCAGAUACUGAGGCUAGAAAGACCAUUCAAAUGCUCUCCAACUCCUACGCCACUGUCCGCCGUAUCGGCGGUCUCUUUGCGCUUAUCUUGCUUCUGGCAGUGAUGUCUGGUAUCAUGGCCAGCUAUCUGCUCAUUCGUGGCUGGCGGGUCCGGCUUUAUAACCGCGUUCCAUUGGAGGAAGGGAACCCAGAAGAGGAGGAUCGUCUCAGACCUGAAAUGGCCGAGUGA